AUGUAAACCGUGCACAGGAGAACUGGGAAGACGGAGGAGAGUUAUAGUAGGUAAAUGGAUGUUGAAGCCAUGGAAAGAAGCCGGGAGAAAUAACAUAUUGUGUUUAGAUGCUGGAUUUAUUACCUCCUUCCUGAAAUGUUGAUGAACAAGAAGAUGCCGCACGCAGCGAGAUCCUCUGCAAGUCCUGCGAAAAUGCAAACCAAGAUGAGCGCCUGGACACCCCUGAACCACUCGCUGUCCAACAGCAAGGUUUUUGAGGAGAGACGAAGCCUUCUGGGAAAAUGGUUUGAAAGGUGGUCUGACAGGCAGAGGAGGUUGGUGCUGCACGAUUUCGUCAAGGGCUGCUCUAAAGAGCAGCUUCGCUUUAUCGACCUCUGCGUGAGUCGACAGCUUCCCCCACAGGCCGCUGACUUCACGUGCAUGCUCCCGAGAGCACUCUGUCUCUAUAUCUUCUCCUUUUUGGACCCACGCAGCCUCUGUCGAUGUGCACGGGUGAGCUGGCAUUGGAAAAGCAUCGUGGAUCUGGACCAGCUGUGGAUGCCCAAGUGUCUGAAAUUUGGCUGGUUCCUCAGUUUCUCACCUACAGUGUUUGAGCAAGGUGUGUGGAAGAGACACUACAUCAACACUGUGCAAGAAAUGCUGCUUGAUGCACCAAUCAAAAAGGUCGUCAGGUCCCAGCAGCAGGCAGCCGUUCAAGAUGGUGCAAGAAUCAGUAGUAGACAUGAGGACAUGUCACAAGGGAUCUCCCUAAGUGAGGAGCUUGAAGAACCCACCAAGCCGUACGUUGCAGCGACGUUCAGCAGAUUAAAAAAUGACAAGCAUCCACCUGUGCUUCCACCUUGGAGAGACUCGGACAGACGUCCCAAAGACAUCAUCCGCUUCAACUACCUGGACAACCUGGACCCUGUCGCACAAGCCAGCGCAACGCAGAUGAAGAGCAGAGCAACCACAGGUAGCAGCAAAACAGAGAAGCCAGACGACAGGAAACAGAAAAUGAUCUCCGAAGCCACUUACAAACUACGUAAAGCUAAAUCACUGAUGUUCCUCGCUUCACACAGCAGAUCCCCCCAGGUUCUUCUCCCGCCUCCUCUGGGUCCUUCUUUGGCUCCUCCGACCCAAUUUCGGCCCCACUGGGCAUCUCACACUCAUAACUACCCUGCGACCAAUGAGAUGGCAGAAUUCAUGCUGCGACAGGCCCAGUGGAAUGCCGGGAAGCGUCCUGGUCCAGUGAGGACAGCGGUACCCAGGCUAAGCAUGGAGGCGCUCAGGGCAUCCCUGCGCUCCAACAGGAGCAUUCCCAGUGCUCGGCUGUUUGACAUGCCACCCUGGACUCUCCCUGUGUCACUCACACAAUAUGUGGACUGAUACACAUCGCCACCUGCAGGGAAAUAAAGAAAGUACAACUAGAUUUACAUGCUACAUUAAGGUUGGUGCUGAAUUCAUUUGAAUGUGUGAACGAACCAAAUUCUGUUCAUAGCUUACAAUAAAGGAAGGAGUCAUAUUUCUCAAUAUAUUUCUCAUAUUUUGAGUAAGAAAUGUACCACCUUUAUUAUCCAAUUCACACAACCCUUUCAGCAACACAAUACAAAGCCGAAGCAAUUUGUAUAAUAAGCAAUCUUGCAUUCAACAUGAGAGUUUUGUGUAUGUCUCAUGAUCAUGACAGGGAAGGUGAAUGUUGUCAUUACACAGAUGAACACAAAGUAUGGCUCAUGUGUGCACAUACAUAUUAAAUACCACAAGACAGUGACCAAAAUGAACAAGACACAUUUGAAAUGAAUGGUGAUUGAAUUGGAAUCGAAUCAGAUCGAGUAAAGCUUCGGUCAAAAGUAAUUCCUAUUUAUGGAUGUUUCAUUAUACAUGCUCUUUAAGGCUUAAAGUGGAAGUCAAGUCAAAAAUGUUCACUUGAUUGUCUGCUCUGCUUUGAGGAGCUCCCUGAUGCAACGUUAGCAGAAAUCAUAAAAUAAUUCUUGAUAACCAAGCUGAUUCAGAGUCAUUACAUCAAUGUAAUGAUACCAAUGACAAUUGUCAACAACAUGACAUUUGACACAGCAGAUCCAUUUUAAGACAAGUCCAACGAGUA